CGGCGAGGGCGGGACUCGGAGCUGCUGGUGUCCUUUCUUCCCGCGACCUCGGCGCCAGAGUGACUGACUGCGCGAGUCCGCCAGAGCUGAGCGAUGGGCCUGCUCUCAGAGCUGAAGCUGGCUGUGCCGUGGGGCCACAUCGCCGCCAAAACCUGGGGCUUCCCGCAGGGCCCCCCGGUUCUCUGCCUGCAUGGCUGGCUGGACAAUGCCAACUCCUUCAGCAGACUCAUCCCUCUUCUCCCGCAAGACUUCCAUUAUGUUGCCAUGGAUUUUGGAGGUCAUGGGCUCUCGUCCCAUUACAGCCCAGGUUUCCCAUACUACCACCACAACUUUGUGUGUGAGGUCCGAAGAGUCGUGGAAGCCAUGAAAUGGAGUCGCUUUUCCUUGAUGGGCCACAGUUUCGGUGGCACUGUGGCUGGAAUGUUUUCCUGUAUGUUCCCUGAGAUGGUGGACAAACUUAUCUUGCUGGACUCGGUGCCACUCAUCGUGGACUCCAAUGAAAUGGAGAACUUGGUGACCUACAAGAGGAGAGCCAUAGAGCACCUGCUGCAGGUGGAGGCCUUUCAGAAGCCCCCGAGCGUGGUCAGCCUGGAGGAGAUGGUACAGGGGUUCAAGAAGAACAGGCAGAUGAAUGAGGAUUGUGCCAAGCUCCUCCUGGAGAGAGGAACCACGAAGGUGGGCACAGGUGUGACGUUGAACAGAGACCGGAGGGUCCAUUCGGCGGAGAACUCCUUUGAUUUCAUCAGCAAGGAGCUGUAUGUGCACUCUAUCAGGAAGCUGCAGGCCCAGGUCCUGAUUCUCAAAUCAACCGAAGGAUUUUCUGAUGUGAGAAGAGAGAACGACACCAAGAAGGAGCCCCUGUACUUCAUGGUUCACAUGCUGAAAUCCGUCCUAAAAGAGCAGUGCCAGUACGUGGAGCUCCCGGGCAAUCACUACAUUCACAUGGAGGAGCCCCACCGCCUGGCUGGCCACAUCAGCUCCUUUUUGCAGAGCAAGCACAAGACCCCAGCUCGGCUGUAGCUCCUGGGCGGCCACAGAGACCUGGCGUUCACUCUGAGCUCCCAAGCCCCCUGCAAGGCCAGGCGUGGUGGGGACAGGCCAGUAUGGGCUGGCAGUUAAGGGGAUGGGGGCAAGAUUCCAACUUUAACAUCUAGACUUCAAGAGGGAGAUGAUGUCUGGAGUUGGGGUCAUCUCUUUUGUGCUUACUAAUCCCCAGUGAGCCGGCAGUGCCCGCCGGGCCUUUCCCUGGGUGGAAAAUAAAACUUGUAUUCUCUCUGUU